AUGCAGCAGGAGAACAAAGUUUUAAGAGAUCAACUCCAAGUUGCUAUUGUAGCAAUAGCUGACAUCAAGGUCGUUGUGAAUCAGUUGCACCGUCAGCAGGUGGAGGAAAUACCGCCCACAAUCAACUUUCCGGUUUUAAGUGCUGAGCAACUGGAGGAGCUGAAUGCGAAGAUAGACAAGGAAAACCGCGCACUCUAUGUUAAGUCUAUGAAGUCUCUUCUGCAACCAGCAGGGGUUAUUAGAAAUUUAAAAUUUAUAUUGUCCGACACGUUGAUGCAGGAAUAUAACGUUGAUGGAAUUCACGGUAAAAAAUCUCUAAAAGGUCUAGACAACUUUUACGAUGCACUGAUAGAAUCAAUUCCAAUUGGCAACAACUUAGGCCCGGCUGAGAAACAGUUACGGAAGGCAAUACAGUUGCAAAAAAAUAGAUUCAUAAAGGCAAAAUGUAUAAGCCAAAAUAACCACCAAAAAUAA